AAACUGGGGAGAGCUCCUCGGGUGAGGUGUGUUUGUGUUUCUAGACUGUUUGCUUGCCCCCUCUCCCAUUUCCCUACCUCACACCUUCUCCGAGGUGGAGGAGCCAAGCUCCCUGAGAGAAUCUGGGUUCCUGGGGGCCCCUGUGUGGCCACAUGAGUUGGAGGAAUUGCCUUCAGUUGCAGAACUGUUCUGGGUUGGGUUCUCUUGAUCUCCCCAGCACGGCCACAGUUUUCCAUCAUCUGAGAUUUGGGGUCUGCUUAGGCCCUUGGGUUCCCUUUUCCUCAUGCUGCCUCCUCUCUCUGCCCCUCGGCAGAUCUCCCAAAAGCUGUGCUGAGCAUCCAGCCUGCGUGGAUCAAUGUGCUCAGGGAGGAUCGUGUGACGCUGAUGUGCCAGGGGACCAGCUUCUACGAAGGCAACCUCACCAUGUGGUUUCAUAACGGGAGCUCCAUCCACACCCAGAACCAGCCCAGCUACAGCUUUCAGGCCGGCAGCAAUGACAGUGGAUCCUACAGGUGCCAGAGGGAGCAGACCAGCCUCAGCGACCCUGUGCAUCUGGAUGUGAUUUCUGACUGGCUGCUGCUCCAGACCCCCAGCCUCGUGUUCCAGGAGGGGGAGCCCAUCGUGCUGAGGUGCCACAGCUGGAGAAACCACCCUCUGAAUAAGAUCACGUUCUACCAGGAUGGGAAAUCCAAGAUAUUUUCCUACCUGCGUUCCAACUUCUCUAUCCCACGUGCCAACUUCAAUCACAGUGGCAAGUACCACUGCACAGCGUUUAUCGGGAAGACGCCACACUCGUCACAGCCAGUGAGCAUCACUGUCCAAGGUCCAGCAAUUCCACUCCUCUUUUCACCUUGGCAUCAAAUCACUUUCUGCCUGGUGAUGGGGCUCCUUUUUGCAGUGGAUACAGGCCUGUAUUUUUCAGUGUGGAGAGACCUUCAAAGCUCCAUGAGAGACCCGAGGAAUUACAAAGUCUGAUGGAGCCAAGACCCUCAGGACAAAUGACCCCUCAUUCCAUGGUGUAACAGCAGUGGUGGCAGUGCUCUUCAGUCCAUAACUUUCCUCUUCCCUGGCCUCUCCUUGACAACAACCUGGGCUAAGGAGCCUCCAUGGAAAGAGAAGACCUGUGAUCUCCAGAUCAAGUAGACGGUAACAGGCCCUGCCUUCACUGAUUUCCCAAAGGCUAAGGCACAGUCCCAGCUCAUCCAGCUCUACAUGGACUCAUAGCAAAUGUGUUCUCCUAGCUCCUCACCAGAGGCUCCUCAAAUAAAUGAAACCUCAGUAAAUCCUGGUGCUUCUUUCAAAGUAAAUCCAACAAUCUUCCCACUUCUCACAGCCUGCAGAUGGUCUCGUUGUGGGGGCCGGGGCUGCCUGGAGGGAUGGUGCAGCCCCAGGAGGAGGGGUGGAUGUGGCAGCAUCUUGAUCCAAGCCACCAUCCUCUCUUACUUGGAUUACUGCAACAGCCUCCUGCGUGGUCUUCCUGCACUCAACCAUGUCACCCAACAGUCUAUUCUCACAACAGCCAAUGUGUGUUAUAUCUGUCACUUCUUUUCUGGAAGCCAUGUAAUAGCUUCCCCCUUGCAUUUAGAGUAAUAGCUAAAGCCUUCGCAAUGUUCUACAAGGUACUACAUGAUCUUGCUCCUCAAUGCCUCUCUGACCUCAUUUACUGCUCUGUUUUGCUUCCUUGGACACUUCAAUUCUACUUCUGCUACAGGUUUAUGUUAUUUACUGUUUCUGAAAUGUUCUUACAGAUAUCCACAUCAGGCUUCUUCAUGGUCUUUACUCAAAUAUCACCUCAUCAGUGAGGUCUCCUUGGUCAUUCAACCGAACCUCACUCCUCUACUGUCUCCUAAUCCUGCUCUCCUGCUUUAUUUUCCCCACUGUUCUCAUGUCCAACUGAAUAUGUUCACUUAUUCAGUUGUUUAUUGCUGUAUUUUUUCCCCAUGCAUGUACCACCAACUGACUAUUCCCUCUCUCAUUAAAACAUGC